AAUUGUAAUCGCUCUGCUCCACGCCCCUGCCCACUACCUAAGCAUUGGGAUAUGUAGGAAAUAUCCGUGGAGAGAUGGGCUGAAACUCCUUUCGGUUCAUCCUAAAAGAUCUCUCAAGCGAACCGAUAGGAUUUCCGAAAGAACAUAAAUAUUAUACAGUGGAAUGAGCAGGCUGAGGUGGGGAGAUGCCUUACGUGGAUCGGCAGAACCGGAUCUGUGGCUUCCUGGACAUUGAGGAGAAUGAGAACAGUGGCAAGUUCCUCAGACGCUACUUUAUCCUGGACACCAAGGAGGGUAGCCUGGUGUGGUACAUGGACAACCCACAGAACCUGCCCAAAGGAGCUGAAAAUGUUGGCUCCCUCAAACUCACCUACAUCUCCAAGGUGAGUGAUGCCACAAAGCUGCGACCAAAGGCGGAGUUCUGCUUCGUCAUCAAUGCUGGUAUGAGGAAGUUCUACCUCCAGGCCAAUGAUCAGCAGGAUCUGGUAGAGUGGGUCAACGUGCUCAACAACGCCACCAAGAUCACAGUGCCAAAGUCGGGGGAUGGCCAGCCCAGUGCAGAGAUGACCCAGGAGGGGCUGGGUGCCACAAAGCAGAUCUCCUAUAAGACAGAGAUCAUAGGUGGAGUACCCAUCAUCACUGCCACACAGGAGCAGGGCGACGGGGGGCAGAACGGAGCAGAGCGGGGGGGCCAGCGGAAGGCCCACAGCCAGCUGCCCUACUUCCUGGGGCGAGGGGCGCAGGACCAGGCGCUCAUCAAGGCUGGAUACUGUGUGAAGCAGGGAGCCGUGAUGAAGAACUGGAAGAGGAGAUACUUCUUACUGGAGGAGAACGCAGUCAGCUACUUUAAGUCAGACCUGGAGAGGGAGCCUCUGCGUGUGAUCCCGCUGAAAGAGGUUCACAAAGUUCAGGAGUGCAAACAGAGUGACUUAAUGCAGAGGGACAAUCUAUUUGAAGUCGUCACAAGUUCAAGGACCUUCUACAUGCAGUCGGACAGUCCAGAGGAGAUGCACAGCUGGAUCAAGGCCAUCUCAGGAGCCAUUGUGGCCCAGCGGGGGCCUGGACGCUCAGCUGCCUCUAUGCGUCAGGCCCGUCGGCUGUCGAACCCUUGUAUACAGAGGUAUACAUUCCGCAAUGGUGAAUGCAGCACGAGCACAGCGACCACUCUACCACCAGCAUCCCUUCCAGCUUCUACUGCAGCAGCAACCACGGGGGACCACCCGCCCCUCGCUCGCCAGUCCAGGCAGAGCCACCCUACCCCCAGCCCCAGGGGGGCCCGGGCCCUUACCUGGGACAGCCAGGACUUCAUGGGCCUGCUGCCCUGGCGAGGCCACCCGGGGGCACCACCCCGCUCCCGCCUCUCCCUCCAGGAGACCCCCCGCCUGUCCAAGUGAGCGCCUCGUCCCUGUACCACACCAACGCCGACCGGGAGGACCUGUCGCCAUGGAGACGGCGCAGCGAAGUAGAGGGCGACCAACCGGAAAUCUCCACCCUCAGCUUCGAGGACUCAGACCUUCAUGUCAGCCAGGUGUGAGCCUCUAGUCUAACUCCUGACCUUUGACCCCUAACCCCUGCCUCAUAGGACACCGCAAGCUCUCACCCAUAACCCCACUCCCCUAUUCCCUCCACCACCUGACCUUCACUCCCCAUGCACAGAACCUGCUCAUUGGAUGUGGAUGCAGGUGGAUUCACACUGACACAAAGCGGACUGGACAGUUAUCACCAACGACAAAUGGAAAGCCAAUCAGAAGUUACCAAAAAAUGGAGCUGAACCAAUCAGAGCCGACCUGGCCCUCAGGAAGACCAGGGAAGUGGUCCCUGGUUGUGAUUGGUGAUCGUCUACUCUACCCCUGUAUCGAGAGCUUCUCUUAACACAGCCAAUGGCGUGAUGUGUCAGGGCAAGGAGAACUCGUCAGGUGUUUGGUUUUAGUUCAGUCUCUUUUGUUGUUGAUAUUUCUGUUGGGUGUUGCUCUUUCUCUUUCGUUGUUGAUAUUUCUGUUGGGUGUUGCUCUUUCUCUUUCGUUGUUGAUAUUUCUGUUGGGUGUUGCUCUUUCUCUUUCGUUGUUGAUAUUUCUGUUGGGUGUUGCUCUUUCUCUUUCGUUGUUGAUAUUUCUGUUGGGUGUUGCUCUUUCUCUUUCGUUGUUGAUAUUUCUGUUGGGUGUUGCUCUUUCUCUUUCGUUGUUGAUAUUUCUGUUGGGUGUUGCUCUUUCUCUUUCGUUGUUGAUAUUUCUGUUGGGUGUUGCUCUUUCUCUUUCGUUGUUGAUAUUUCUGUUGGGUGUUGCUCUUUCUCUUUCGUUGUUGAUAUUUCUGUUGGGUGUUGCUCUUUCUCUCUUGGUGUUGGCAUUGUGUGGUAUGAUUCAAUAACAUCAUCCCCUGUCCAUUGGCUAAAGAGGUUACUGAUUUGACUUACUCUGCUGAGAAACUCACUGCUCACGUUUCUCCACCUUCUCCUCCUCCCUGACGUCACGUGAUUUACUGUUAUCAGGGUUGUUGGGCCUAAUUUAAAGAGGCGCUAGAUGUUAUUUUUAUUGACAGUUAUGUAAACUAAAAAUGUGUAACUGUCGACAAUGAGACAACCCCACUCAUACACACAAUGGUUUAGAUUUGUAUGUACUUUUAAGAUGUUAAAUAUAUUUGAUUUUAAGCAGACCAUUUAGUUUUUAUCCAAAGCAUGCCGUUAUGGAAGCACCUGAUGAAAUAUGAAACCAGAAUCUUAAAAAUAACCUGUCGCAAUUCCAUGCGCCAUUCUUGCUUUCAGGUGUUUUUUGGAGUGAGUGGGUCUUGUGUAUAUUUAUGUUUUCAGUAAUCCUUUAGAAAUGCUCUGAGUCCUUAUGUUCUAAUGAAAGUUACACCUGUUGUGUUCGUUCAGACUCUCUCUUUCUCUCUCAAUCAGUCAUAUACACACACACACACACACACACACUGUCACACCUAUGUGUUUUGCCAAAUGUAAGUCCUGAACUGUAAUGUUAUGUGCCUGUCAACGUGAGCAUGCAUUUGUAUAGUGACUUCUCCCUCAGGAGGACAGAUAUGCACAGUUACAGUACAUCUAUAGGCCUGUGGGUAGGGCCUUUUAACUGGCACUUUGUGGAUACAAUUUGGGCAGAUAGUCUGCCCGUUACACUUGAUCUGUUUUAUGGGUGUUUCUUCAACAUCCUCUUCUCUUUUCUACUGUAUGAGUACUCUACUACUUUUCUCAAUGCUGUGACGGUUUGUUUGUGUGUCUGUGGGGGAGACAUAGGGUACCUGCGUUGCCAAUAUGGUGGAAGACGGGAGGAGGGUUUGACCUUUGGCCUCAGCUGUGUGCUCUUCCUGUUUUUACUGUGUUGCACAACUCUUACUGUAACAGCUGCUAAAGUGCCUGCGUUCUUUCUAUAGAGGAAAAAAAACAACAAGAAGCUAUUUUGACCCUUUUAAUUGUGUACCUGAUGUUCUUAAAUCGUGUGCAUUAUUUAUUAAGUGGAGUUUGAAAAUAAAUCAAUGGAUUCAA